AUGCAGGAGAGGGCAUUUGCCGAUAACACGAUCCAGGCCCUCCGUGCCCAUCAGGUCUACCUCAAGCUUCUCCUUAUUAACCAUAUUAUAUAUUUAACCAAACUUUUCGAGGAAGCACUGCCUUUACCACCAGAUACUAAUGUGGUAGCCAUCAACGCCCAUCUUGGUCGAGAGCCAGGUCCCGCUGUCGACACCGAGUAUUUCGACUUUGAUGACUAUCGUGCUUGCCUUGCUGUGAGCAAGAGCUGGAAGGCAAAGUUCGGAAUGAAAGGGGCAAUGGCUUAA